AUGAUGGAUCAUAUGUUGCAUCACGGCGGAAAUGUGUUUGAUAAAGAGUCCAUCAUGCAACUAGAGAUGGGAUCUCAUCACUCAGAUAAUGACACCUUGAUGAAGCCGUUUAAUUCCGAGGUCUCCAUAGUAAACAUGGAUGCUGAGGCAGAUGCUGAUGGGGUUGCGCGAGAUAUUCCCCUCCAUGAAAGAUCAUCUAGAUCCUCAUCAUCAUCUGUAUUGAAUGACGAAAAUAUCGACACAGGGCUAAAAAAGAUCAGCGAGGAGCCCACUAUGGCCGAAACAAAUGGUUACGAUAAGGAGUCGCAGACUUACAUUGAAAUUGCUACAUACGCGGGCGUUGAUGUAUAUGAAUGUUACACGAAAGAUAAACCACCAUGUCUCAUAAUGAGAAGAUGUGCCGAUAAUUGGUUAAAUAUCACACAAGUUUUCAAGGCUGGUUCAUUCACUAAGGCUCAAAGAACCAAGAUCCUAGAAAAAGAGGCAAAUGAAAUCAAACACGAAAAGAUCCAAGGUGGGUAUGGUCGUUUUCAAGGUACUUGGAUCCCAUGGGAAUCUACUAAAUAUCUCGUUGAGAAGUACAAUAUUAAUAGCAAAGUAGUGAAGAGGAUCGUGGAGUUUAUUCCGGAUCCUAAUGACAUGCCUCCUAAAAGAUCUAAAGUAUCCCAGAUCAAAAAACUGGAUCCUAACGCAAGAAUAACUUCACCAUCAGCUUACAAGAAGACACCAAAGAAGAAUUCAAAAACCCCAAUGAAGAAGAAAUCGGUAAGAAAAUCAAGUAAAAAAGAGAAGACAAUCCAACCCUCGCCGUUACAGAAUAUCAUGUUCCAGACUCCUCAACAACAUCAACAAAACCAAACUGAAAAUCAGAGCACUGAGAAACUAUCAACUCUUCCUUCGGAACAGGAAACUCCAAUGGUACCAGUAAGCAAAGUGAAUCCUGGAAUCAUAUCACAAGCAAAUCACCCAAUUAAGUAUCAAACAACCCAGAAACCUCUACAAUUUUACCCAUACCCCCAAGCACAUCAGUUCCAACAAAUGGUCCCAGGCUCUAGUAAUGGUGCCCCGCUACAAGUUAAUACCAACCAUUCAUCAUUAAACCCACAAGGCAGUAUGAAAAUGAUGAAACAGAUGAUGCAAACUAAUGGUAAAUCCGUCGGACACUCUACUGGUUCUAUCGUAUCAAACAUAACAUCAAACGGGUCCUCCAUGGAGAUAUUCUCUUCACAUGACAAAUCUUCUUCAAGCUCAUCAGAAUCACCAACACCAGUAGCACAAUUGAAUGAAAAGGCUACUGCUUCUCCUGAACACUACAAGGAACUCAUUCUGGAAGUGUUAUCCUCCGAAUAUGAUUCGGUUGAACCACCACUACCAGAGGCUUUAUACAGACCGCCUUCAAAUUUCGACAUUAACUUUUUAAUUGAUGAUCAAGGCCACACUUCUUUGCACUGGGCUGUAGCAAUGUCUAAUAUUCCAUUGAUAAAGGUUCUUUUAGUUCAAAAUGCAGACCUUUUCCGCUGCAAUAAUAAAGGCUUUAACUGUUUAACCAAAUCAGUGUUUUACAAUAACUGUUAUAAAACAGGGUCAUUCCAACAAAUUAUAUCAAUGUUACAUCCUUGUUUAAUAACUCCAGAUGCGAAUGAUAGACUACCGCUUCACUAUUUGGUGGAAUUGACUGUGAAUAAAUCAAAGGAACCUCAUGUUAUUGAAUUUUACAUGGAUACUAUCCUGGACACCCUUGCUAAAGAAGAUGAAAAAUUACUGCGAAUGUCAUUAAAUCAUCAAGAUACUUUGGGAAAUACUCCACUACAUCUAGCAGCACUUAACAAAAACGUUGAUUUAUGUCAAAAAUUGGUCUACUUUGGUGCUUCCCCUGAUAUUUUGAAUGGAGAAAACCAAACAAUAUCGAUGAUAUUAUCCAGGUUUACGGUCCCUAAUAUCUUCCAGCCUAGUCUUCCAGCCCAAUUCUUGCAGUCUCCACCAAAAACAGCUUUCUUGUCUAAUACUCCAAGAAAUAGCCAAGAGGAUCACAUUGAAGAUACGAGCAAAUAUGAAUUCAAUGACACUACCAUGGAUAGUAUCCAGGUUUCAGCAACACGCACUGGAGGCCAUCAUUUACCAGAUCGUACCAACGAUAUUCUCUCUAUGGACAAAAUGAAGGGUUCUCUAACUCCAGCAAUCAAACUUCACCCACCAUCGCCUCCUACUUUACUUAAGUCAAAGAACAGGAUUUCAAAACCACCGCACGCUGAAAAGGUACAGAAGUUACAGGAACCAGCAUACUCAGCUCAAGAACACGAGCAAACUGCUAAAACAUCCACAACUAAGGCUACAUCACAAUUAAGAGAUUUGACUGGAUCUUUGACUAACAUCAUAGACAACAGUUUAGCGAACCUCCAAUAUGAAAUUCAAUUGAAAGAAGAACAGAUCAAUGAAAUCGAGCACCAAUUAAAGCACACUACUACUAAGGAGAAAUCCAUUUCCGAAGCCAACAAUCAAAAGACUCUAGCCUCUAUUCAACAUCAAUUAAAGAUGAAGAAUAUCGAAUUAGAUAAUUAUAUGGAAAGAUCGCAAGCUCUUUCAUUAGCGACAUUGGUACAGGAUGAAGAGAACAGUUUCUCGAGAACUUCAUCUGCGGAAGCUACCAGCGAAGUCGAGAAGAAAGAGGCAGUGAGAUUGAUUGUAGAAUUGUGCUACAAACAAUUUAAGAGGAGACAACUGAUACGACGUAUUAAACAUGCAAGAGAUCAACUGGUGUCAGAUACCAAGAUUUCGAAGUUCAGAAAACUAAUAGGCAUGUCAAUCGAUAACAUUGACUCUAAACUAAACGAUAUAGAACAAGAUUUGAGAUCAAUGGAGAGAACCCAAUGCAGUUAG